CGGGAUGCAGCCAGUCAUCGAAAGGAUUCCUUUCCUCACAGCAUGAAAGUGAAAUGAAAUGCAAACCUGAAUGCAACCUGAAAGGUCUAAAUAGAUGAGCUUGUGACAUCCUUUCCCAGAUCCCAGGGAUUCCACAUCCACCAGCUGUACUUCCUCAAUCCGGAACAAUAUUAGCUCCAAACUUAUAUUGCAAAGGAAUACUUUGACUGUUCCAGCUGUCACAGAAAGUAAUUGGGGCCAGCUGGAUGUCAGAAUGAAAGUGGUUACUAUUAUAAUACUACUUUUCUUUUGUAAAGCAGCCUACUUUAGGAAGACAAGGAAUGGGAGUUUGAGAAACAAAGCAAAUAAUGGAAGGACAAACAGCUUAAGAAAAGCAUCUAGUACUGUUAAGCGUUAUGCCCCAGGCCUCCCCUGUGACGUGUAUACCUACCUUCAUGAGAAAUACUUAGAUUGCCAAGAAAGAAAACUGACUUUUGUGUCUCCUGAUUGGCCUGAGGAUUUAAGACACAUGCUGCUAGCAAGAAAUAGGAUUCGCAAACUGAAGAAUAAUAUGUUUUCCAAGUAUAAAACAUUAAAAAGUCUGGAUUUACAACAGAAUGAAAUAUCAAAAAUUGAAAGUGAGGCUUUUUUUGGUUUAAACAAACUUACCACACUCUUACUUCAGCAUAACCAGAUUAAGAUUUUAUCAGAGGAAGUUUUUAUUUAUAUGCCCCUUCUAAACUACCUGCGUCUUUAUGAUAAUCCUUGGCAUUGCACCUGUGAGAUGGAAACUCUUAUUACGAUGUUGCAGGUUCCAACAAACAGGAACUUGGGAAAUUAUGCCAAGUGUGUACACCCAAUAGAACUGAAAGAUCAAAAGCUAAAGCAGAUCAAAGCUGAACGUCUAUGUACUGAAGAGGAAAGACUGGACCCCAAAAAUCUAGCAGCAACAAAGCCUGAAGUUGUCAAACCAGAAUUUGAUUCCUCUCUUUGUCAUAUUUAUGUAUUUCCCAUACAAACAUUGGAUUGCAAAAGAAAAGAGUUAAAGCAAGUUCCUGGGAACAUACCUCCAGAUAUUGUUAAACUCGAUUUAUCUAACAACAAAAUCAAACAACUACGAGCCAAGGAGUUUGAAGAUGUUAAUGAACUGAAGAUAUUAAACCUUAGCAGUAAUGGAAUAGUUUACAUAGAUCCUGCUGCUUUUUCAGGACUCAUUAACUUAGAGGAGCUUGAUUUAUCAAACAACACACUGCAAAAUUUUGAAUACGGAGUAUUAGAAGACCUCUACUUUUUGAAAAUAUUAUGGCUGAGAGAGAACCCUUGGAGAUGUGAUUACAACAUUCAUUACCUUUUCUACUGGUUAGAGCAUCACUACAACGUUCACUACGCUGGCCUAGAAUGCGAAACGCCUGAGGAAUACAAAGGGUGGUAUGUUGGAAAAUAUGUCCGAAGUUAUUAUGAGGAGUGCCCAAAAGACAAGCUGCCAGUUUAUCCAGAAACAUUUGAGCAGGACAAAGAAGAUGAGGAAUGGGAACGACACAAAGAACAAUCAGUUCAAACAGUAAAGAAGCAUGGUGUAAUUGUCACUGUAAUAGGAUAA